CCAUCACACAGCCAUUUUCUUACACAUCAACGGUUCAUAUUCCAAACACUCAUGCACCAACCGCGCCAGAUUCCACCUUACUCCACUUUGACAACCCCACAAAACCCCAAACCUCCAUUGGAUACUCACUCCACCCUCACUCUGUCACACAGACUCCACCAGAAAAGCGCGCGAACCGAAGCGACGAAAUGCCAGAGCUACCGGAGGUGGAGGCGGCGCGGAGGGCCAUAGAGGAAAACUGUCUGGGGAAGAAGAUAACGAAAGCGCUCAUCGCCGAUGACCCCAAAGUCAUCGACGGAGUUUCUCGCGCUGACUUCGAGGCGUCGCUCUUGGGAAAGACCAUCGUCUCUGCUCACCGCAAGGGCAAGAACUUAUGGCUCCGCCUCGACUCUCCUCCUUUCCCUUCCUUCCAAUUCGGGAUGGCGGGUGCUAUAUAUAUUAAAGGGGUCGCGGUCACGAAAUAUAAGAGGUCUGCUGUAAAGGACACUGAUGAGUGGCCUUCCAAGUAUUCCAAGUUAUUUGUUGAACUGGAUGAUGGUCUGGAGUUCUCUUUCACUGACAAGAGGCGAUUUGCUAGAGUCCGCUUGCUCAAAGAUCCAGCAUCUGUGCCCCCCAUAUCUGAGCUUGGGCCUGAUGCUCUCUUGGAGCCUAUGACAGGGGAUGAACUUUUUGAAUCCUUGAGCAAGAAGAAAAUUGCAAUUAAGACUCUAUUGCUUGAUCAGAGUUACAUUUCAGGAAUUGGAAAUUGGGUUGCUGAUGAAGUACUAUACCAAGCAAGAAUUCAUCCAGAGCAAAGUGCUGCCAGCUUGUCGAAAGAAAAUUAUGGAAAUUUGCACAAGAGCAUCAAAGAGGUUAUCGAAAAAUCACUUGAAGUUGGGGCAGAUAGUAGUCAAUUUCCAAGUAAUUGGAUUUUUCAUUCCCGUGAAAAGAAGCCUGGAAAGGCUUUUGUUGAUGGGAGGAAAAUUGACUUUAUCACGGUUGGUGGCAGGACUACAGCGUAUGUACCAGAGCUUCAGAAGUUAAGUGGACAGCAAGCUGCCAGAGCAGGGAGUAAACAAGCUAACAAGAGAAAAGGGCAUGGUGAUGGUGUCAAGGAUGAUGUUAAUGAAGCAGCGAGUGAUGAAGAAGUUAAUGGAAGUGUGCAGUCAAAGAAAGGGAGGAAGCCUAGAGGUCAAGGUAAUAAGUCAUCAGCUAAAAGAAAAUCUAAAGAGAGUGAUGAUGAAGACAAUGCCAAUGACAGUGAGGAUGAUGACGAUGAUGACAAUGAUGAUCAUCAUGAUGAAGAUCAAAAGAAUAAAACAAGAAAAGUGACCAAUAAUAAGCAAUCCAAGGUGGAGAAGACAUCAAAGAAAACAGUCCAGACCAGUCAGAAUAGUAAGAAGAAGAAGAAAGCAAAAUAGGUAGCUACCGAGAUAUAUUCAACACCUAUGAUGCGAAGCCCAGCUCUUUUUGGAAGUACGGGAUGAUGGGCGUACAAGUGGAUUCAGUUUUUGUAACUAACUCUACCCAGGGGAUUCAGUUAUUGCAGCUAACUCUAGCCAGUAGUAAGCCUUUUUUUAUCAUGAAAUUGGCCAGUGCUAAUUAUGUGGUUAUAUUAAUGACUUCCAUUAUGUAUUAUAUGCGCAAUUGUUGUUGGAAAUACUCUCUUUGCUUGCACCUAAAGUAGUGGUUUUCCCCUAAUGAAAA